AGUUGGUUUGUGCUGUCUAAGGAAGAAAGUAAUUAAAUUCAUGAAAGUAUUUUGAAAUUAAAAAAAGAAGAUAGUAAAUAAUUAAGAAAACAUGUCUAAAGAUGAAGGAAAAACUGAGGAGCUUGAGGGUAACGAGGAAAAUUCGAAUGAAACCAAUUCAGAAAAUACUUCCUCCUCGGCAGAAAAGGAAGUCGAGUUUGAUAAUAAAAUUGAAACUGAUCGUAGCAAACGGUUUGAUUUUCUAUUGAAGCAGACUGAAAUAUUCACACAUUUUAUGACUAACAGUGCAAAAAGCCCUACAAAACCGAAGGGGAGACCCAAAAAGAUUAAAGAACCUUCAAAUACUGAUCAUCGUCAUCGCAAGACAGAACAAGAGGAAGAUGAAGAACUUCUGGCGGAAGAUACGCAAACAAAAGAGUUAUUUCGUUUCGAAGCAUCACCCAGUUAUAUUAAGAAUGGCGAGCUGCGCGACUACCAGGUACGUGGCUUAAAUUGGAUGAUUUCCUUAUACGAAAAUGGCAUCAAUGGAAUACUGGCUGAUGAAAUGGGUUUGGGUAAAACAUUGCAAACGAUUUCCCUGUUAGGAUAUUUGAAACAUUUCAAGAAUCAAGCCGGCCCACAUAUUGUGGUUGUACCAAAAUCCACUCUUCAAAACUGGGUGAAUGAAUUCAAAAAAUGGUGUCCUUCCCUUCGUGCUGUUUGCCUUAUCGGUGAUCAAGAUGCACGAAAUACUUUCAUUAGAGACAUUUUGUUGCCAGGUGAAUGGGAUGUAUGCGUCACUUCGUAUGAAAUGUGUAUACGUGAAAAAUCAGUUUUCAAAAAGUUUAAUUGGCGUUACAUGGUUAUCGACGAAGCUCAUCGUAUAAAAAAUGAAAAAUCCAAGUUAUCAGAAAUAUUGCGCGAAUUUAAAACUGCAAAUCGUUUGUUGAUUACGGGCACGCCUUUGCAGAAUAAUUUGCACGAGCUGUGGGCUCUGCUGAAUUUCUUAUUGCCUGAUGUCUUUAAUUCCUCUGAAGAUUUCGAUUCAUGGUUUAACACUAAUACGUGUUUAGGUGAUGAUGCUUUAAUUCAGCGUUUACAUGCUGUUUUGAAACCUUUUCUCUUGAGACGCUUGAAAUCGGAAGUCGAGAAGAGGUUGAAACCGAAAAAAGAAAUUAAAAUAUUUGUAGGACUUUCGAAAAUGCAGAGAGAAUGGUAUACUAAAGUGUUGAUGAAAGAUAUCGACAUUGUUAAUGGAGCUGGUAAGAUGGAAAAGAUGCGAUUACAAAAUAUUUUAAUGCAGCUGCGUAAAUGUACCAACCAUCCUUAUUUGUUCGAUGGGGCUGAGCCCGGUCCACCUUACACUACCGAUACUCAUUUGGUUAAUAAUUCUGGUAAAAUGGUUAUUCUUGAUAAAUUGUUGCCAAAACUACAGGCUCAAGGCUCGCGGGUUUUAAUAUUUUCCCAAAUGACUAGAAUGUUGGAUAUAUUAGAAGAUUAUUGUUUGUGGCGUAAUUAUCAAUAUUGUCGUUUGGACGGACAGACUCCCCAUGAAGAUCGAAAUCGCCAAAUUCAAGAUUAUAAUAUGGACAAUAGUACCAAAUUCAUUUUCAUGUUGUCGACUCGUGCCGGUGGUUUAGGUAUAAAUUUAGCCACAGCCGAUGUGGUCAUCAUCUACGAUUCUGAUUGGAAUCCCCAAAUGGACUUGCAGGCAAUGGAUCGCGCUCAUCGCAUUGGUCAAAAGAAACAAGUGCGUGUUUUUCGCUUCAUUACGGAGAACACAGUAGAAGAAAAAAUAGUCGAAAGGGCCGAGAUAAAAUUGCGUUUAGAUAAACUGGUUAUACAACAAGGACGCCUGGUUAACAAUUCUGGAAACCAGUUGAAUAAAGAUGAAAUGUUAAAUAUCAUACGCUUCGGCGCGAAUCAUGUUUUUGCCUCCAAGGAUUCUGAGCUUACUGAUGAAGAUAUUGACACUAUAUUGGAGAGAGGAGAAGCUAAAACUGCAGAGGAAAAGGCUAAACUAGACUCAUUAGGAGAGAGCUCAUUACGUACAUUCACAAUGGAUACAAAUGGUGAAGCUGGUGCUUCCACUUCGGUGUAUCAAUUUGAAGGCGAAGAUUAUCGUGAAAAACAUAAGCUAAAUGCUUUGGGCAAUUGGAUCGAGCCACCUAAACGUGAACGGAAGGCUAAUUAUGCCGUUGAUGCCUAUUUUCGCGAAGCUUUAAGAGUUUCAGAACCCAAGGCUCCCAAAGCGCCAAGACCGCCAAAACAACCAAUUGUCCAAGACUUCCAAUUCUUUCCGCCCCGUUUAUUUGAACUACUCGAUCAAGAGAUAUACUAUUUUCGUAAAACCGUGGGCUAUAAAGUACCGAAAAAUCCCGAGUUAGGCUCGGAAGCUUCCAAAGUGCAAAGGGAAGAGCAACGUAAAAUUGAUGAGGCUGAACCUUUGACUGAAGAGGAGAUGACCGAAAAAGAGGCUUUGCUUACGCAGGGUUUCACUACGUGGACUAAACGUGAUUUUAAUCAAUUUAUUAAGGCUAACGAAAAAUAUGGUCGUGACGAUAUUGAAAACAUAGCCAAGGAUGUUGAAGGUAAGACACCUGAGGAAGUUAUCGAAUAUAAUGCGGUUUUCUGGGAACGUUGCCAUGAAUUGCAAGACAUUGAACGUAUUAUGGGGCAAAUUGAGCGUGGUGAAGCUAAAAUUCAACGGCGCUUAUCCAUUAAAAAAGCAUUAGAUCAAAAGAUGUCACGUUAUCGAGCACCAUUCCAUCAGUUGCGUCUACAAUAUGGAAAUAAUAAGGGCAAAAAUUACACCGAAAUUGAAGAUCGAUUUUUGGUAUGCAUGCUGCACAAGCUAGGUUUUGAUAAGGAAAAUGUUUACGAGGAGCUACGUGCCGCUAUAAGAGCAUCUCCACAAUUUCGGUUCGAUUGGUUUAUAAAGUCGCGUACCGCUUUAGAAUUGCAACGACGCUGUAACACGUUGAUUACGCUAAUUGAACGAGAGAAUCUCGAAUUGGAGGAAAAAGAACGGCAGGAGAAGAAAAAGAAGGCUGCUAAAAAUUCCGGGGCACAGGCUACAACCCAACAAACUAAAGCUAAUCAGAAACGAAAAACUGAUAUGCUUACAAAUGAAAAGAAUGCUAAGAAAAAGAAAAAAUAAGAAACUUGAUUAAAAUGAUUAAUCCUAAAUGCUUACCUUUAAAUAUUAAGUUGACAAACAUGACCCAAUCUUUGAGUACACGUUUAGUUUUUAUAUAAAUUUAAUUAAUUGAAACGCUUGAAAAAGUUGAAAAUUCAGUAUAUAAAAAUAAGGUUGAUUUUUUUUUUUUGAAAAAUGGCCAUGAAUUUGGUCUGCGCCAAAUGGUCCCUAUUAAGCAGCUAUAUGAAACAUCCGAACAGCAACCGAAGAAAUGAGGCAUUACUUAUUUGUGUGUACUUUACGUAAAAUCUUAAUAUUAAAAAAAUCAUUCAUUAUUCAUAUAUUAUGUAUUUACUUUUUACUUAAAAAAAAAAAAAAACAUAUUUCUUAAGCACAUAUCGUUUUCCUUUCAUCAAACAUUUGAUUAGACUUUAGGCCAUUAAGUUUAUUUCUGUCUCAAUAUUUUCACUUCUCUUCAAAGAAAAAAAUACAUACUUAAUAAAUGUGAGAAAUAUUAAUUUAUUCAUUCUUUUCGAAUCGGACAUGUGGUAAAUUUUUUUUAGUUUCACUCAACUAUUUAUUUUAGUCAAAGGUUGAUCAUUGAUCAUUUUGCUUUAGUUAAUUUUAUCACGAAUUUGCAUUUAUCAAAAAACUUUGAUCGCAUCUUCCUAGAGAUUUUUAUAUUGAAUCUUAAUAAACCUCUCAAAAGACUUACAGCUUCUGCUGCCAUCAGAUUUGUAAAAAUAUUUUGCAAAUGAACUUUCGUUUAAAGACACGCUCUCGCCAUCCAUUGCAUAAGACUUUUU